CUACAUGGUGAUCUUAAAGAAGAGAUUUAUAUGGAGUGUCCACCAGGGUAUGCCAUAGGGGGAAAAGGUUUGGUCUGCAAACUUCGUCGUUCCUCAUAUGGUCUUAAACAAGCUCCUAGAGCUUGGUUUGAGAAAUUUCAUAACACGAUCGUGCAGGUAGGUUUUGAGCAGAGUGAUAAUGAUCCAUCACUAUUCACCAGAUAGAUAGUUAACGACAUUGUCAUCUUGCUUCUGUAUGUAGAUGACAUGGUGAUUACGGGCAGUGAUAGUGAUGGAAUUCAGGAAUUGACUUAAGUUUUGAUGACUGCUUUCAACUUGAAAGAGCUUGGCGAGGAUUCUUAUUUCCUUGGCCUCGAGAUACAACGUUCUUCUUCUGGUAUAUUUGUGUGUCAGAAGAAGUAUAUUUAAGAUCUCUUGCAGUGUACUCGAUUUGAGUCUAGUAAACCGUGUGCUACUCCGAUGGAACAAAAUUUGAAGUUGAGCAGAGUUGACGGGAAAAUUCUUGAAGAUCAGACAUUAUACAGGAGUUUGUAGGAAGUCUUAUUUAUCUUACUCAUACCAGGCCAGAUAUUUCAUAUACAGUCCAGAUCUUGAGCCAGUUUAUGGGAGCGGUUCAUGUUCCUCAUUUAGAUGUUGUGCAUCGAUUACUGCGGUAUCUUCAUUAUACGCAGGAUGUUGGUCUCUUCUUUCCAGUCACCGGUACUUUUACUGUUGAAGCUUUUGCAGAUGCUGAUUUCGCUGGCUGUCGUGAUACCAGGAGGUCAACGUCAGGUUGGUGUAUCAGGAUUGGACAAUCAUUUGUGUCAUGGAGAUAUCGGAAACAGGAUAAAGUAUCAAAGUCAUCGACUGAGGCUGAGUAUAGGUCGAUGUCAGAAGCUGGCUCAGAACUCGUGUGGUUGCGACGAGUUCUUCUUGAACUAGGUUUUACUUGUGACAUGCCUAUGAAGUUAUAUGGAGAUAAUACAAGUGCCAUUCAAAUCGCAAUCAACCCAGUUCUACACGAACGUACCAAACAUAUAGAGGUAUAUAUACAUUAUAUACGAAAAUUGGUGGCAGAAGGGCUGGUUCGUCUGAGCUAUUUAUCAACAGAAGACCAAACUGCAGAUUGGCUCACUAAGGCAGUUGCGUCUAGUAGGCACUGGUAUUUAUCUUCCAAAUUGAUGUUGCGUAGCCAACAUCAAUUUGAGGGAGGGUGUUGAUUAAGAAGUCCUUCUAUGUAUUAGUUUAGGACUUUCUGUGUAGCCGUGUUCUACAAGGAUACGAGCUGCUUAGAGGCCUAUAUAUAUUGUAUCCUGGUGUACACAAGAACUUAAGAAAAUCAUAAUAUUAAAACCUGAGAGGGAGAUCCUCUCCGUGGACUAGUGUCUAAUUGACGAUGCCACGUUAAAAAAUUCCUUGUCUUCUUUGAUUUUCUACGAUCGUGUUUGCUAAAUUGACAAAUACAACAUAUUAGCCAAGUAUAGUAAUUUAGAAAAAAUAUUAGUCAAACUUUUAAAAAUAUAAAAUAUUAGUCAGACCUCGUCCAGGAUCAAUUUUCAGAUUUUGGAAAUCUUAACGCACUCUUUCAUGUAUCCAACUCAAUCAUACAAUCCAUGAUAACUUAAGAUCCGUUGUAGCAACCAUUGAGGCGCGCGCGAUAGCGGGAACCAAUAUAAUGCGUGUUUCUACGUAGAAGGGAAACAUGAGUAAAAACGUAAAAGUGUAUGUUUUUUUUUGGUAUAAUCUCAUUAAUCUUCAACAAACUACCUGUCUCAUAAAAAAGUCACUACUCAUGCAGAAAUUUGACAAUUUUUAAUACUAGAGCUGGCGUACAACUAAACCAACAAUGCGCGCAAUAAGGAAAUAAUUAAUGAUUCUUCUUCAUUUAUACAAAAAUAUAACCAAUUAACAACUACGCCUCAUUACUUACCGUUUUGUUUCAAUCUGGAUGUCAAAUUAAACAUGAUUACUGAGCCUUCUUUUAUUAUGAUGUUUAUCCUCUAUUGGAUGCGAGAAAUAAGAUUAUUAGUAAAUAUUAAGUACUUAAGUCGCACAUCAAACAACAAAAUAAUGUGUAACAUCUUCGUCCCUCUUGAACAUGUCAAAAAUCAUUCUAGCAUCAAGGUAAUGUCAUCCCAAUAUUUGAACAACUUUUAAAUGAUGAACCAACAACAAAUAUUGAAGGAGCCAUAAAAUUUAGUGGGAACUAAAGUUGGAACAUUGAGAAGGAAAGAAAAAGGUAAGGAAGAGAAGAAGAGAGGAGCAUCAGAAUUUUUGUUUUGCGGUAAGGCAGUGCGUUCAAGAGAGCAUUUCAAAACACCAGCCGUUAGAUCGUCCCUAAAUUUGGAGGAUACGUUCCACACUUUUUGAGAUCCGAUUUGACCAUUUGGAUUAUCGUUAUGUCUCUGGUUCGUCGAGAAUUAUUGCUGGUCAGACAGGGUGCAACUUUGUUUUUCUGGAGCUGGAUCAUUCGUUCUGAGGAGGAUUCCGGAGAAACUAACCGUUCGAUCGUUCUCAAACUUUGAGGGCACGCUGAAAACUCAUUGUGAGUCGAUUUGACCGUAGAGAUAAAUGUUUUGACACCUAGUUUGUUGAGAGACAAUACUGGGCAGUGGGCAGAGAGGGUAUGGAAUUGGUUGAAACUCCUUCAACAGGAAAUGUACAAAAAUGGAACAGAAACGUGUUUUUGACCGUUUUGAUCAUUUUUAUAUUUUUGCACACAAUACGUUUUACAUAGAAAUUUAAGUAUUUUGCCUAGCCAGGAACGUAAAACGUGCAUUUUUGCGUUUCAAGACACGUUUUUAACAACAUUGGAGGGAACUUCGUCCCUGUAUUGACAAUAACAAAUCAACGGCGUAAAUAUUG